AUGCCGCCACGCAAGCGGCAGCGGCUCGAGAUCCACGAUGCCGAUCCCGAGGGCGACACCGUCAUCGAAGUUGGGAAAGCCGGGAGAGGUAAGCAGAAGACCCUCAUCAGAGCCAGCAAGAAGGUUCUUACGUCCUCCUCGCCAGUAUUCGACACCAUGCUGGGCCCAAAUUUCGCCGAAGGACAGGUCGAUCAUACCGUCGAGGAGCCCCUGAAGCUACCCGAUGACGAUGGUAGCGCCAUGCUCAUCUUGUUUCAAAUCAUUCACAAUAGGCUUCUCGAUGUUAGCAACAUCGACCUCGACAAGCUGCCACGUCUCGUUCUAGCCGGCGACAAGUACUCGUGCUUCGAUGUUCUCCGUCCUUGGCUGCAACUAGCACUGGGUCGCUGGCGCGAAACGCAUGACAGAACCUUCUGCAUCGAGCAAGGAUACCUAGUCAAUGGGGUUGAGAAGAUGACGCUCGGGGACGCAUUCUACACAGCGUAUUUGAUCGACGACUCGAUUACGUUCGAAUGGCUGUCGCACGAAGUCCUCCAUUGUGUCCAACUUGUCGCCGUUGCUGGAAAACGAUCGAUCGUCGGUUUGUCUAGUUUGCUGGACGAUCUCGUGCCUAAAAAGAUUGAAGCUAGGAUUGUGAACAUAUGUGAACACGCACUCAAUCGGACAAAAGAAGUCUACUUGAAGCCGUUGAAGGAAGCCGCAGAACGCGCGGAAAAGGGAAUGGAAUGUCUUGAGGGGGACAGACGACUCAUGGUCUACGUCAAGAAGCUCAUGCUCGACGAGAGAUUCUACACUACCGAUCCCGCCUGGCUUCUCAAGGGCAUCACCAGGCCAAGACCCUUGCUCCAACUGACAGGCAUGACAAUUCCAGGCCCCGUGAUGCUUCCUCCCCGUCCGGAAGAAGAGCGUCCUGCGGUGGAUCGCGCGCUUAUACGGCGAGAAGCGUCAGAGAAGUGCGGCAACCCCUCGUGUCUGUGUCGGGAUCAGUUAGGUAUCGUGGUGGGUGGAUGUCAUUUCGAGGCGAUGAUGGCGCUGGGCUGUAUCUGCCUACCAUGCUUCAAGAAAGGAGGCAGCAAGCUUGCAAUCAUCCCUUUCCGUAGUGAGUGUCAGACUUGUGGCGCAAAAGGGAAAGCCUGGGAUCUGGCAUUCUUCAGCGAGUACCCUACAGAAGAGGACAUGCAGGCUGGAGAACAGGAGAGUCUAUGA